AUGCUGGUAAAGGAUGGAAAAGCUGUGCAUGAAAAGGUCGUCCCUGUGGUAAAUGUGGAUGAGCAAGCAGAAGAGGAACCUAGUUCCUUGACUCACAAGUCCUCGAGUGAAAAAUUUGUGAAGAAAUCUGGUGACAAGACAAUGAAAGAGAGCGGUGGAGAGUCUGAUGAUGAAGAAGUAGAAAAUUCAGGUGAACACAUGCAUAAAAAGUCAAUGGAGAAAGGAAAGUCUAUCUACAAGUCAAUAAAAAGAAAAGUGGAUGAUGAUGUGGAACCUUGUACCAUCAAGAAAGCAAAAGUUGGUGAGUCUCUGAGUUCUGAGAAAGAAAAGUUGAGAAAUCAGAAAUUACUGUGGGGCCGCAUAUUUGCCCCUGACAUUGUAGAUCUUGCAACUGAAUAUGAGCUAUUCACAAUGAAGGACGAUGAAUCCAUUCAAGAUAUGCAUACCCGAUUCACCUCCAUCAUCAAUGAGCUCCACUCUCUUGGGGAUAUCAUUCCAAGAAACAAUCUUGUCAGGAAAAUUCUCAGUGUCCUACCCAGCUCCUGGGAAAGUAAGGUGAACGCUAUCACAGAGGCAAAGGACUUGCAAGCGUUGACCAUAGAUGAACUUCAAGAUCAGUACAAAAACAACUCUAACAAAGCAGCCAAGAGUAACUCGGUUCUUGAUAAACACUUCAAGAGAAAGAAUGCAACUGACAACGUUGUGAAACAAGCUCUUGUUGCAUGGGGAGACUCCUCCAGCAAAUCUGAAGAAGAAAAUGAUCAUGGUGAUAGUUCAAUGAUGGCAAGAAAUCUGAGAUCCUAUUGUCCUAAAAAACUCAUGUCUUUGGCAAAUGUGUUAAUUGAUGCUUAUCGCAAUCUUUUAAAUGAUAAAGAUGCCUUAACUGUGGAAUUGGGAGAAGCAGAACAGUCUAGAGAUGAUUUAGUAGUCGUUGUGGUUGAUUUAAAGGAAACAAUUAAGAACCUGAAGAAAGAGAAGGAUGCCUUAGAUGAAAAAGUUGCAAACAUUGAGCAUGAGAGAGAUGACCUAUUAGUGGUGGUAGUGGACCUAAAGGAAACAAUUGGGUAA